AUAUUGUGGUUGCUAUAGAAGUUCUUCUUCUGCUUUGAACAGAUAUGGAUGCUAAAGUCAAACAAAUGAUCAAGCUCAUUGAAGAAGAUGCAGAUUCCUUUGCUAGGAGGGCAGAGAUGUAUUAUAAGAAACGACCUGAGCUUAUGAAAUUGGUUGAAGAGUUUUAUCGUGCAUACCGUGCAUUAGCUGAAAGAUAUGAUCAUGCAACUGGGGUGCUUCGCCAGGCCCAUCGGACAAUGGCUGAAGCAUUUCCUAACCAAGUCCCUCUGAUGUUUGGUGAUGAUUCACCUGCAGGUCCUUUGAUCAUGGAGGAUCCUGUUACACCUGAGAUGCCAGCCCUGAUACGUGCUUCAUUUGACCCUGAUGAGCUUCCAAAGGAUGCUUUGGGACUUUCUCCAUCUCAUUUACAUACUGUUAAAAGGAAUGGAGCCUUUACCGAUGAACAUGAUUCCGUAACUACCAGAAAGGGUUUGAAACAGCUAAAUGAUUUGUUUGGCUCUGGAGAUGGGAAGGCAAGGAAAGGCCUCAAGUUUCAUGAUGCAGAGGAGACGGGAAGAAAUGUAAAAAGCAAUUGGAGUCCCAAUAUCCAAGCUCAAGUUCUUUCUGAUUCUGAACAAGUUGGCAAAGCUGAGACAGAAAUCAUAGCUUUAAAGGAUGCACUAGCUAAGUUAGAAGCUGAAAAGGAAGCUAGUCUACUUCAGUAUCAGCAAAGUUUGGAGAGGUUGUCUAAUUUAGAGUCAGAAGUGUCUCAUGCACAAGAGGAAUCUGUGGGGCUAAAUGAACGAGCCAGGAAAGCUGAAGCUGAAGUUCAAACUUUAAAAGAAGCACUCACCAAACUUGAGGCUGAAAGGGAGGCUAGUCUUCUUCAAUACCAACAGUGUAUGGAAAAAAUAACUCACUUGGAGAACAGUAUCUCUAAUGCCCAGAAGGAUAUUGGAGAACUUAAUGAACGAGCAAGUAAAGCUGAAACUGAAAAUCAAGCUCUAAAGGAAGACCUUGUUGAAGUAGAGACUGAGAAGGAAGCUGCUCUUAUUCAAUGUGAAAAAUGCUUGGAGAUGAUAUCUGACUUGAAUGAAAAACUACGACAUGCUGAGGAAGAUGCCAGGAGGACUGAGGUGCAAGCAGAAAAAGCUGAAGAGGACGUGGAAAUCCUCAAGCAAGCACUUUCUAGACUGACUGAGGAGAAGGAUGCAUCUGCUCUUCAGUACCAGCUGUGUAUGGAGACAAUUGCUAAUCUGGAGCAUAAUCUUGCUAGUGCCCAAGAGGAGGUUGAAAGGCUUACCCAUGACAUAGAAGAUGGGCUUGUGAAAUUAAAUGAUGCUGAAGGAAGGUGUCUCGUGUUGGAAACAUCAAAUCAAAGUCUGCAUUCUGAGUUAGAAUCUUUGGUGCAAAAAAUGGGAAGUCAAAGUCAAGAACUUACAGAGAAACAGAAAGAAUUGGGGAGACUUUGGACUUGCAUACAAGAAGAGCGCUUGCGCUUUGUGGAGGCUGAGACUGCCUUCCAAACUUUGCAGCAUCUGCACUCUCAGUCUCAGGAAGAACUAAGAUCUCUGGCUACAGAGCUUCAGAACAGAGCUCAAAUUCUGAAGGACAUGGAAACUCAUAAUCGGGAUUUACAUGAUGAAGUCCAGAAAGUAAAGGAAGAAAACAAGGACUUGAAUGAACUAAAUUUGUCGUCAGCUAUGUCAAUUAAAAAUUUGCAAGAUGAGAUUUUAAGUUUGAAGAAGACAAUAGGUAAGCUUGAAGCUGAAGUUGAACUUAGAGUGGACCAAAGAAAUGCCCUGCAGCAAGAAAUUUAUUGUCUGAGAGAGGAGCUGAAUGAACUUAGCAAGCAAAAUAAAGCCAUGACGGACCAGGUGGAAUCAGUUGGCUUGGAUCCAGACUGCUUUGGGUCAUCUGUGAAGGAAUUGCAGGAUGAGAACUUAAACCUCAAAGAAUCCACCGAGAAAGAGAGGAGUGAAAAGGCAGAACUUGUGGAGAAGUUGGAGCUCAUGCAAAAGCUCGUUGAGAAAAAUGCUCUUCUUGAGAAUUCCAUCUCAGAUCUUAAUGAUGAGUUGGAAGGAAUCAGACAGAGGGUGAAGGAAUUAGAAGAAUCUUGUCAGUCUCUCAUGGGAGAGAAAUCCAAUCUUACUGCUGAGAAGAACACACUUACUUGUCAGUUACAGAUUGCAAACGAAAAUUUGGAGAAACUCUCUGAGAAGAAAGAUUUUCUGGAGAAUUCCCUUUUCGAUGCCAAUGCUGAACUUGAAGGAGUAAGGGUAAAACUGAAGAGCCUAGAAGAUUUUUGCUUAUUACUUGAUAACAAGAAUUCUGACUUGACAACUGAAAGAGAAAGCUUACUCUCCCAGUUAGAGAUCACCAGGAAAAGCUUGGAAGAUCUGGAAAAAGAAUAUGGAGAACUAGAAGGGAAGUAUUUAGCAUUAGAUAAAGAGAAAGAGUCGGCAUAUCAGAAAAUGGAAGAGCUAGGAGUUUCAUUAGAUGCUAAGAACCAAGAAUAUGCUAGUUUCACUCAAUUAAGUGAAACCCAGAUGGUUGACAUGGAACAGCGGAUCUGCUUGUUACAGGAAGAUAGUCAGUGCAGGAAGAAAGAAUAUGAGAAAGAGCUGGACAAAUCUUUGAAUGCAAAAAUUGAGAUUUUCAUCUUUCAGAAAUGUGUAAAAGAUUUGGAGGAAAAGAAUUUCUCUCUGUUUGCUGAGUGUCAGAGAUUUGUGGAGGCAUCUAAAUUGUCAGGGAAACUGAUCUCUGAUCUGGAAUGUGAAAAUCAUCAAUACAAGUUGGAGAUGAAAUCUCUAGUUGAUCGAAUUCAACUAUUAAGGAUGGGGCUUCAUAAAGUAUUCAACACACUUAAAAUUGAUGCAGAACUUGGGUAUGAAGAUAAGUUGGAGCAUGACCAAACUAUUAUGCAUCAUAUAUUGAGCAGGUUUCAAGAGUUGCAAAAUUCACUUUCAAAGAUUCAGGAUGAAAACCACCAGGCAGUCAUUGAGACUUCUGUUCUUGUUGCAUUGCUUAGGCAAUUGAAAAUAGAAGCAGAAGAUCUUGCAUCAGAGAAAAACAUUGUUGCUAAGGAAUUCAAUAUCCAGAGUAAGCAAAUCAUAUCUUUGCAGAGUGAGAUACAGAAACUUAUGCAGAUAAAUGAAGAAUUGAGGUUGAAAGUCGCUGAAGGAGACUGCAAAGAAGAAGCUUUGAAGACUGAAAUAGAGCAUUUCCGCGGGCAACUAUCGCAUUUGGGAGGCAUAUGCAAUAAUUUACAGGAAGAGAAUUGCAAGAUGAUUGAUCAGAAAAGUUCCUUGAUGAAUUCUGUCGUAAUGUUGGAGGAAGAGAAACGUAAUCUGGAAGAGGAAAACUUUCUAAUAUUCUCUGAAACUGUAUGUCAAAGCAGUGUUUCUCUCAUAUUCAAGGAUAUUUUAGCUGAAAAGCUUGUGGAAAUGCAAGAGCUCAGUGAAAAUCUGGUCAAACUUCACUCCAUCAAUGAUGGGCUUGGGGAGAAGGUAAGAAUGAUGGAGAGGGAGUUAGAAGACAUACAGAUGGAAAGUUCAAAGCUCAAAGAAUCACUGGAAAUUUCAAAUCAUGAGUUGUUUUCAGUAGGAUCUGUACGUGAUAAAUUAACUUGUGAAAUUUUAAACGGAAAGGAUCUCUUAUCCCAGAAGGAAAAGGAGCUCUUGGAAGCAGAACAGAAGCUGGCUGCUGCAGAGAAUGAUAGAACUGAACUAUAUGAGCUAGUGGAGGCUCUGAAGUUUAAAUACAAUAAAAUCACAGGGAUAGAAGAAGAUCAAAAGAGACAGAUUUCGAAGCUAUCUGGAGACUGCAAUCAUCAGAUUAAGGAAGCUGAACGUUUGCGGGAAGCAAAUGGGAAGUUGAACACAGAGUUGUCAAAACUGCAGUUCGAACUUAAAGAAAUCAAACAUGAGGUGGAAAGGCUGAGAGAUGAGCUGCUUAAAGAAAGAACAGAGUUGGAGUUAUGGGAGACUGAAGCUGCUGCUUUCUUUGGUGAACUGCAGAUAUCCAUUGUUCAUGAAGCAUUGCUUGAAGGAAAGACUAGUGAACUCAACAAAGCUUGUAAGAUGUUUGAAGAUAAAAGCAUGUCCAAAGAUAUAGAGAUUGAUAAACUGAGUGGAAAAGUUAGCACCUUGGAAGGUGAAAAUAAAGGAUUAAAAACAAAGUUAGCUACAUAUGCCCCAGCAAUUAUUUUUUUGAAGGACAGCAUCUCUUCUCUGGAGAACCAUGCUCUCUUGCAUGCGCAUCUUUAUAAACCUGAAGGAGAAGUAGAAAAGGAUGCUAAUUUGGGUAACCUGCAUGCUGAAAGCUGUGAACAAAAGAGCGAAGAUCAAAAUUCCAUGGUGCCAGAUGGAUUUUCAGACUUGCAGGAUUUGCAUAUGAGAAUAAAAGCUAUUGAAGAUGCACUAGUGGAAGUGGAAAGGGUUGAAAUGGAGGAAAACUUAAAUGCAAAUUCCAAACUAGAAGCUGCAAUGAGACAGAUUGAAGAGUUAAAGUAUGGAAGCAACUUGCAGAAAGUAUACGUUCAACCAAGGAACCAACAGGAAGAAGAAAUUGUGGUUGAUAAUGAUUUCAAUUUGCAGAAACAGAAAGUUGAAAUCCCUGAUGAGGGUAAUGAGGUGACAACAAAAGAUAUCAUGCUGGAUCAAAUAUCGGAAAGUUCUUCUUAUGGGAUAAGCAGGAGAGAAACUGUGGAGAUCGAUAAUCAGAUGCUUGAAAUGUGGGAAACCACUGGGCAGUCAAGCAGCAUUGACCUGAAAGUUCAGAAGUCUCAAAUUGAAACAUCUAAGGAACAAAAGAGAAAAAAACCCUCCCGAGAAUCAUUGGUAGAGAAGGAGUUGGGUAUUGACAAAUUGGAGAUAUCUAAGAGAUUUUCAGGGCUUCAUCAAGAAGGAAGCAAGAGAAAAAUUCUUGAAAGACUUGAUUCUGAUGCACAAAAGUUGACAAACCUGCAAAUCACACUACAAGAUUUAAAGAGGAAAGUAGAGAUGAGUGAGAAGGGAAAAAAUGAAUAUGAUUCUGCUAAGUCUCAGCUUGAAGAAUCUGAAGAGAUGAUCAGGAAGUUAUUUGAUGGGAACCGCAAACUGAUGAUGAAUCUUGAAGAUGGUUCCUUGUCAUGGGAUACCAAAUCUGGUGAGUUAGACGAAAAUAUGAAUAUGAAACGACGAAAAAUAUUAGAACAGGCACGAAGAGGUUCUGAAAAAAUUGGACGUUUGCAAAUGGAGGUUCAGAAAAUACAGUUUCUUUUGCUAAAACUUGAUGAUGAAAAGGAAAGCCGAGCAAAAACAAGAAUCCCAGAAAGGAAAACCAGAGUGCUUCUGCGGGAUUAUCUCUAUGGUGGGCUAAGAAGUAACCAAAAACGAAAGAAGAAACCAUUUUGUGCAUGUGUGCAACCUCCAACAAAGGGAGAUUGAGGCCUUUAUCAUUAUAAUUACUCAGUGUUGUUUGCAAAGUUUCCUAUUUAAUUAGGAUUGUUUUAGACGUCCAUGUUUUUACUUUUAGACAAUUUGGUCUUCUUUAGUUUAGAGAUCUUGCUGUAAAUUUCAGGUCCCGUCUAAUGAAGAGAAGCUGCUUUUUGGAGCUUCUUUCUUUUAUUU